AUGGCAGAUGAAGCGACUGACAUCUUGAAAAAAGAGCAACUCCCAAGAGUUGUGAGAUAUGUUGAUAACAGUAAAAUCAUUAGGGAGUCAUUUUUGGGAUUUUGUCAUCUUUCUAAUGGUAGUACAGGGGUUGCUAUUAAAAAUGAAAUAUUGAAAGAAAUUAAAGAUUUUGGUUUACAUAUUAAGCUGUGCAGAGGUCAAGGUUAUGAUGGUGCAGGUGCGGUAGCUGGUAUUUAUAAUCAUGGAACAGCUGCUUUGAUCAGAUCAGAGUAUAAUAAAGCUAUUUUUGUACAUUGUUCAAAUCAUAGACUAAAUUUGUGUGUUGCUGCAUCUUGUUCAAUUCAAAUUGUGCGAGAAAUGAUGGAUAAUUGCAAGUCUAUUGCCGAUUUCUUUAACCUAUCACCAAAACGACAAGAGUAUCUAAUUGAAAAUAUUAAGUCAUACUUGCCCGACUCGACAAUGAAUCAUUUUGUUUUCAAAGAUGUAUGUAGAACAAGGUGGAUUGAAUGA